AUGGAUGAUUUAACAAAAUUGAUUCCACUAAUUGAUUGCCAAAAUAUGUACACAAAUCUCUAUGAAUGGAGCCAAAUCACCGGUGGAUGGAACGGUCUUGGAAACGAUGUUCUCCUGUGGUACUGGAAUGUCUAUGGACCAGGAGUGACUGGAGAAACUCCAGCCAAUUUCAACGACUUCCGACCAUUCGGAAACUGGCGUGCAGCCACUGUCAAACAAUUCGCGCAGACCGAGACCGUUUGCCAAAUGACUGUCAAUCGCGAUAUUUAUUACACGGUCACUGCGGAACUCCCAAAAGCCAUUGAGAUGAAGCUUUAA